UGUGCAGUUUUACUUCCUUAAUUUUGGUGACCAGAUAUGUAGCUUAAACAUACCAUCGAGACUGAAAUUUAUAAAUUCAUAAGAUAUGGAUGGAUUUUUAAAAUAUUGUAUGUUAUGCUAUUUAUUUCACAUCACUAAAGCUUUAUGGAGUGCUGAAUGUACUUUUGAAGAUGGAUUUUGUGACUGGGAGAAUGUCACAUCUGACUGGAUACCAACACAAAGUGGCAUUACCAUUGAAAAAAUACAAUUACCGCCUCACCGUACCAAAAACGAUGAUGUGUACAUUGCAAUAAAUAAUACUCGGAUAAAACAGGCAGUAAAUGCUAAACUCAUUAGCCCAAGAUAUCCGCAAGGGCAUGCUUGUUUUGGAUUAUGGUACUCGCUCCAUAAAGGUAAAAGUAAAAUAACCAUUCGGACAAUAGAAAAUCAAAAGGAAAAAGAAACUGACUUGAAGAAAAGCGAACCAAGCAAAUGGAAACACAUACUGAUAAAUGUUAGCCCUUCGGAACGUUUCAAUAUUGAGAUUGUAGGUGAACUCAAAAACAGCAAUGCAGGGUUUGUAGCUGUUGAUGAUACAAUGGUAACAACUGGCACUCUUUGUUCAGCAGAUUGCAACUUUGAUGUAGGAUUCUGCGCCUGGGAGCAACAAGGCAACGCUUGGAAAAGGAUAAAUGGCAGCACUCUUAGUGAUGAUAAAAGACCAACCAAGGACCACACUUCUGGAGAUGGAUAUUACAUAUAUGUAAAAGGCGAAGGCAGAUUAUCAGUUAUGUUUGAAGGCGCCGGACAAAAUUGCUUAACGUUUUGGUUCUAUAUAUAUGAUGAAAAUAGGAACUCUCUUCAUGUGUACGUUACAACAUACGCCGAUGGUAAACAACCUGUAUAUUCUGUUGACAAAAACAAAACAAAGCAAUGGAUAGAAGCACAGAUCGAUAUUGUUCCUGAGGCUCAUACGAUCAUACUUGAAGGUGAAACAAAUACUGGGAAUUCAGAAGGUAUAGCUGUUGAUGAUAUUCUGAUAAGAGCUGGUGUUUGCAAUCCAGGUGAAACUGGACGAUCUCUAGUGGCAGUUUAUGUUUCGGUUCCACUUAUCAUUACUCUUACAGUGGUCAUCAGUGUCUCAAUAUUCAUAUGGAGGAAAAGAUAUGCAAAUGGCAGGACGUCCUCUGAUGCUCGACGUGAGGCUUUGGGAGACAGUAAAGGUCAUUUAAAUUCUUCAGUAACCAAUAAAUCGUACACAGGUCAUAUCCCAGAAAAACAAAACAAUCAAAUGCAUACCAAGGCAAGUGAAACGACAUCAGUUGGAAGUGACUAUGCCGUGAUUACCGACGGCAACAUUCAGCCACAUGACUGUAACAAAACUGAAUAUAACACUAUUAAUAUAAACCAAAAAAUUCAGCAUGACCGCGAUUACGGCUAUGAUCGUCUGCAACACACUUUAUCGCCUUUUGUUGAUAAAUCAUACUCACAUGUGUUGCCAAACGACAACAACAGUUUCGACAGAAAUGAUGGUACCGUGAAGCCGUUGGCUGCAUCUAGAAAUGAAACUCAGAGAGGAUGCAUCGACCCUGCUGUUUCAAAUGCAAAGGAAAACACAUGCAUAGGGUCUAUUCCUUGCGACACUACACAAAGUACACCAAAAUUUGCGUUUGAAAUGGAAGAUGAGCUUGAUGUAGAAUACGAUCACGCCCAAGCCGGAGGCCUUGAUCCAGACGUUGCAAAGCGUGACGACUAUUCGCAUUUGCAUAGUGCGGAUUCGAAUAUUGGUGCUAUUAAAGACAAGCGGGCUAAUCGCACCGAGAAGACUGCAGGUAAUCCCAAAGAGAAUGCCGAAGAAGAUAAUUGUUUCAGUAUAUUGGAAAAAGAUGGGAACUUUGAAGAUGUCCCUGGAACACAGGACUCAAGUUGUCAUGAUUACUUCGUUUUAGAAAAGGAGCAGUAAGACUAUAAAGAGCUUUAAUAAUUCAAGCUAUCUGCUAUCACUUAUGUAUAUUAUCAAUGACUUUAGUUAUCUAUAUGGGGCAAGCUAAUCUAACAGUUGCUAUUAUCAAAAUUGUUUAUAUAAUAACAAGUAGGCAUAGUUGAAUGAUAGAUCUAAAGCACUUAGUUAACAUCGCAUUGUUAUAUAAAGAGUAAUCGCGGGAGUUGCAGUAAAAAGGGGAACUUCAACAGUAUGCUUAAUGAAAAAAAAAAGGAUUUGCUUGAUAGGAAAGGCAGAUUGAAUUUCAAUUUAUUGACUUCCAAACAGCAUUGUAAAUAGAAUUGUCUGCCUUAUAAAAGGGCGUGAUAAAAUGGCAUAUGUAUGAAACUAUACAAGAGUUCAUUAAAAUGUAUAUAACUUUAUAACGUAAUUACUUAAUAUUGACCUUUGCCCGUAAGUAUGUUGUUGGACAGGAUGAGAUGAAUGAUGGCUAAAUACUGCCGUACUUACGAAAAUAAGGGCAAGUGGAACGGUUGAAGACAGAAGCGUACGUUUAGGAUAUUUGAUGAGAUGAAUGAUGGCUAAAUACUGCCGUACUUACGAAAAUAAGGGCAAGUGGAACGGUUGAAGACAGAAGCUAUUUGAUGAAUUUUGUUUUUCUUCUCCAUGAUAAAUAUCAUAUUAUUUGAAAUAAAAACCUUAAAAUACA